AUGGGAGUGAGGAGGUUAGUGCGGGUGAUGGGGGUGAGGAGGUUAGUGCGGGUGAUGGGGGUGAGGAGGUUAGUGUGGGUGAUGGGGGUGAGGAGGUUAGUGUGGGUGAUGGGGGUGAGGAGGUUAGUGCGGGUGAUGGGGGUGAGGAGGUUAGUGCGGGUGAUGGGGGUGAGGAGGUUAGUGUGGGUGAUGGGGGUGAGGAGGUUAGUGUGGGUGAUGGGGGUGAGGAGGUUAGUGUGGGUGAUGGGGGUGAGGAGGUUAGUGUGGGUGAUGGGAGUGAGGAGGUUAGUGUGGGUGAUGGGAGUGAGGAGGUUAGUGUGGGUGAUGGGAGUGAGGAGGUUAGUGCGGGUGAUGGGGGUGAGGAGGUUAGUGCGGGUGAUGGGGGUGAGGAGGUUAGUGUGGGUGAUGGGAGUGAGGAGGUUAGUGUGGGUGAUGGGAGUGAGGAGGUUAGUGCGGGUGAUGGGGGUGAGGAGGUUAGUGCGGGUGAUGGGGGUGAGGAGGUUAGUGCGGGUGAUGGGGGUGAGGAGGUUAGUGUGGGUGAUGGGAGUGAGGAGGUUAGUGUGGGUGAUGGGGGUGAGGAGGUUAGUGUGGGUGAUGGGAGUGAGGAGGUUAGUGCGGGUGAUGGGGGUGAGGAGGUUAGUGUGGGUGAUGGGGGUGAGGAGGUUAGUGCGGGUGAUGGGGGUGAGGAGGUUAGUGUGGGUGAUGGGAGUGAGGAGGUUAGUGUGGGUGAUGGGAGUGAGGAGGUUAGUGUGGGUGAUGGGGGUGAGGGUUAGUGUGGGUGAUGGGGGUGAGGAGGUUAGUGCGGGUGAUGGGGGUGAGGAGGUUAGUGUGGGUGAUGGGGGUGAGGAGGUUAGUGUGGGUGAUGGGAGUGAGGAGGUUAGUGCGGGUGAUGGGGGUGAGGAGGUUAGUGUGGGUGAUGGGAGUGAGGAGGUUAGUGUGGGUGAUGGGGGUGAGGAGGUUAGUGCGGGUGAUGGGGGUGAGGAGGUUAGUGUGGGUGAUGGGGGUGAGGAGGUUAGUGCGGGUGAUGGGGGUGAGGAGGUUAGUGCGGGUGAUGGGGGUGAGGAGGUUAGUGCGGGUGAUGGGGGUGAGGGUUAG